AAAAACAUUUCUCUUUAAACAUUGAUAAUGAAUCCAUAUUACUCUUACUAUCAGAAUUCCUAAUAAAAUAGUAAGCAUCCAUAAAUCUAAAAUAGACUAUUGGCAAUAUUACCAAUAUAAUUAACUUCCUUAUUGGUAUUAGAUGAACAACCAGUAGCAAUAAAUUCUGUCCUACCAAGUGGAAUAUUAAAGCCUUCCAUAAUAAGAUUUACACAAUACUUAUGCCAACAAUCCACACUAAGUGAAUGAUAUCUAAAAUUACGUGGAUAUUUAAAGUUUGGAGAGGAUGAAGACUUAAAAUACAAUUGAACAAACUAAUUUGAAAGGUGAUCCAGAUUCAAAGAAAAAAGUGAAAAAAUAAAGAGGUAUGAUGUUUCAUCCGAUAUUUAGGCCACUGGUCAAAUGAAGAACACUACAAGUUCUUGUAAUUUGUUAGAUUGCAUCAUGACCUAUUUAAAACAACUGUUCAUAAAAAGUUAAAUCGUGUAUUUAAAAUGAUGGCCGAGGAAAUUUAAACAAGAAAUGCAUGUUAAUGCAGAUCUCAUUUCUCAAAGUUCAAUCCAUUUAUUGAAACAGUAAGACAAUAUUAAAUCCUUUUAGACCAUCCUAAGAAGAAAAUUGUGUAACGAUGAAUAGGUAUAUGAAAAAAUGUUCGAAAAUAAAAACAAACUUGAUGUGUAAUGAUAUGUUUAAAAAAUCAUAAUUUAUAGAAAUAUAUAUUAAAUUAUAUAAUUAUUUAAAAUAUAUAAAAUUCGCAUAUGUCAUAACUUCUCUCCAAGAUGGUAUCAUUUGCUGUUCCUAUCGUAGUUUCGAACCACAAGUCAGAGUGAAUUCAAAGUGCCAAGUAUUAUUUCGUGAUAAUUUCAUGAGCAAAGUAAAGCACUGCCUGACGACUUCGCCUCGUAGAUUUUAAAUAACGACAUCGUAUUAGUGCUCAGCAAUUACACCAAUAACGAAGCUCUUAAAAAUUUGAUUUAGUUGUACAUGGUAAAAAAUGCAUUUUAAAAACAUAAGUAAGGGGUAGAGUUUUACAAAGAAUGCGAAGACAGAGCCCAUGAAUACUUUGAAAUAAAGUUAAAAAACAUAUUUACUAACCCAUCCAUUUUAUAGCCUUCUGAAUAAGCUAAACAGAGUACACCUCCAGAAAAGAAAAAAAUCGAAGUGCCAAAAAUAAAUGUUGUGUAACCUUCUUAUUCUUUUAUGAAUAAACCCAAGACCUCUAAAAAGCCAGACAAUAAUUUACUUUCAUUUAGUUUUUAAGAACCUGUAGUUGAUAAAUUUUUUUAAUGCGGAUCUACAAUUAACAAGAAUCCCAAUAGUUAAAGCUUUAGUAAGAUAAUAAAAAAUACAGAGAGCAGUCACAGUGGGGAGGAAGAGGAAGAAGAAAACAUUCAUUAAAAAAAUAUAAUAGAAUAAGAGAAGGAAGAGAAAAUUAAAGAGAUUCAAAAUUAAGUCAUUGAAGAAUAAAUCAUAAUUUAAACAGAAGGCAGAGCAAAGGAAAUAGCUAGCCAAUUUAAAAAGCAGGAAAGACGAAUAUCGUAGGUAAUUAAAAAUUAAACAUCUAUUCAAUAGCAAAUCGAGGCAGGUAUGAGUGCAUAAGAGUCUAGUAUUCAAAAGCGAAAGGAAAUGAGAAAAUUGCGAUCCUAAUUUUCAUUACACAAUAUCAAUAAAACACAAUCAACGCCUACAAUGAAAUAGUAUGGCCAACACAAAACUCCAUAAGAUGAUCCCAAUUGUAUACCUGAAGAAACAAACGAAAUAGGUAGUGGCAAGUUGUCUUCAAAUAAGAAGCAUAUAGAAGUUAAUUAAUUUUAAUUUAAUGAUGAGUGUAAAUGAACCCUAAC